AUGGGAUGAAGUUUGGGUUUCGAUUGAGUUGAGGUGGAAGGGCAUUGUCCGAAAACAGCGACGCAUGUAAGGCCCGGUAUCUGGACACCUCUCUCUCUCUCUCUCUGCCCUCGCUGUAACGAAGCGUAUAUGCAAAAUACUACAAAUUGCUCUCUGCUCUCACUCUCCGGCUAGUCUCUCUCUCUCUCUCUCUCUCUCUCUCUCUAUAUAUAUAUAUAUAUAGACUACACACAUAGAUACACUGAAUACAUACAUCUCCGAUGGAGUAUCUAUUCGUCUCCGGCGUUUCAGAGUUUGCGAUCCGUGCUUUCAAUUUCAUCGAGCUAGGUUUUUAGGAACAACUCAUAUCCAAGUCUCACAACUCUCUCUCCUAGGGUUUUAAUUUAUCUCUUCAUAGAGCACGGCGAAUAGCCAUUGAAUCUCUAUCUCUCUCCCUAGGGUUUUUUAGCUGAAAAUUCAAGGUAAAGAUAGAAUUUUGUUUUUGGGUAUUGAAUUUUGGUCCCAUUGACAGUUUCAAUCUCUUCUUUGAUCUUCUGAGCCAAAUUUUGAGUUUGAUUCUUAAUUUUUAUAGUCAAUUUUAGGGUAUGGCGUCUUACAGGCCAUUCCCUCCACCUCCACAGUCGACUUUUGGUCCGCCGCCUAAUCAGAACCCUUUACCUCCACCACCACCACCACCUGGUCCACAACCUAGAGGGAAUCAGUAUUCUCAGAAUUGGGGUUAUAGUGGUGGAGAUGGGUCUUACAAUUCUCAGAAUUAUAGUCAGAUUCAUCCAAAUUCUGGGUUUCAACAUGGUGGUUAUGGAUCAUCAUCAUCAUCUUCAUCACAACAACAUUAUGCUCCUCCUUCAAGAAAUCAACUUCCUCCUCAGCAACAGCAACCACAAUAUCCGUAUCCAUUGCCACCGCCUCCCCCGGAGUCUUCCUACCCGCCUCCUCCCCCUCCUUUGUCUCAGAAUUCAAUGAAUUUACCACCUGGACCUGCUCCAAUGUACUUCCCAUCAUCCCAAUUCUCCCAAUUCAAUCCAUUGCAACCACCACCUCCACCGCCCCCUCCUUCCUCCCCGCCGCCAAGUUCUUUGAUUCCUCCUCCACCGCCCCCAUCGCAACCUCCAUCGCCACCGCCCCCUCCUUCGUCUGCUCCAACAGUUGGUCGAACUAAGGAAAGUAGAGCAGAUGGUGAAAAAGGGCCUUCCAAGGAUGUAACAGGGUCUGGGUGGCGUGAACUCGGUCAUUCAAAUCAAGGGGUGCACCCUAAACACCUUAAACCUCCUGUUCCCCCAAUGGCAGCAAAGAAAUCAAAUGGGCCUUCUGGGAGGAUUGAGACGGAGGAAGAGAGGAGGUUGAGAAAAAAGAGAGAGUUAGAGAAACAAAAGCAAGAAGAGAAGCAUAGGCAGCAGUUGAAGGAAUCCCAGAAUGCGGUUCUGCAAAAGACCCAAUUGUUAUCCUCUGGGGUGAAGGGACAUGGGUCGAUUAGUGGGUCACGCAUGGGUGAGAGGAGGUCGGCUCCACUUUUGGGUGGUGAUAGGGUUGAGAACCGGUUAAAGAAGCCUACAACAUUUAUCUGCAAGUUGAAAUUCCGGAACGAGUUACCAGAUCCAUCUGCACAACCAAAGCUUAUGGCUUUGAAGAGAGACAGAGAUAGAUUCACAAAAUACACAGUUACAUCAUUGGAGAAAAUGCACAAGCCUCGACUAUAUGUUGAGCCGGAUCUUGGGAUACCGCUUGAUCUGCUUGAUCUCAGUAUAUACAAUCCUCCCAAGGGUGAAAGGUUGCCCUUUGAUCCAGAAGAUGAGCUGUUGUUACAAGAUGAUGAUCCAGUGACACCUGUCAAAAAAGAUGGCAUAAGAAAGAAAGAACGGCCAACUGAUAAAGGUGUUUCUUGGCUGGUCAAAACACAGUACAUCUCUCCUCUGAGCACGGAAGCAGCAAAACAGUCUCUGACUGAAAAACAAGCAAAAGAACUGCGAGAAGCUCGGGGAGGCCACAACAUUUUGGAGAACUUCAAUAAUAGGGAAAGGAGAAUCCAAGAAAUUGAGGCUUCAUUUGAGAGAUGCAAGUCACGACCUGUUCAUGCAACAAAUAGCAAGCUGCAUCCUGUUGAAAUUCUGCCAUUACUACCUGAUUUUGAACGGUAUGAUGACCAGUUUGUCGUUGCAACUUUUGAUAGUGCUCCUACUGCUGAUGCAGAGCCCUUCAGCAAGUUGGACAAAUCUGUUCGUGAUGACCAUGAAUCUCGGGCCAUCAUGAAAAGUUAUGUGGCAACUGGCUCAGACUCUUCUAAGCCUGAAAAAUUCUUAGCAUACAUGGCACCUGCACCAGAUGAGCUAUCAAAGGAUAUGUAUGAUGAAAAUGAAGAUGUCUCAUAUUCGUGGGUUCGGGAGUACCAUUGGGAUGUACGUGGUGAUGAUGCUGAUGACCCUGCAACAUACUUCGUGUCAUUUGGUGAAUCAGAGGCACACUAUGCGCCUCUUCCAACAAAGCUCAUUUUAAGGAAAAAGAGAGCCAAAGAAGGAAAGUCAAGUGAAGAAGUUGAGCAUUUCCCAGUACCUUCAAGAGUGACAGUAAGGAAAAGAUCAACUGUUGCUGUAAUCGAAUUGAAGGAAUCAAUGGGUUACUUAGGUUCAAAAAGAGGAGGGGCAGACAUUGAGGAUGGUGUUAGGGUGAAACAGAAGGUUGUGCAUGACCAAGACCAAGGCCAAGACCAAGACAUGGAGCAAUCUAGUGGAGGCGAGUACGACAUGUCGGAUUGAUUGCUGUUUAUGCAACUGUUGAAUAAAGGAUAAUAAUAGUUGAACUUAAUAGAAUAGUAGUAGUAAGUAAAAAGGCUAAUAGUUGGAUAAGUAACUUUUGUUUUGCAUGGAGUAAAACUAUUUUACUUCGGGUGCUCGGUUUUUCCCAGCAAUCAUAAUUUGUUCUUUUCAUCUUUGUUGCUGGUUUAAGUGGUUGCUUGGUUAAUUCUUGUGGUAUAAGUUGAGGA